UCCUAAAUCAGUUCUCUCCACCAUUUUUCUUUCUCUUUCUAAAAGUCCCACACCCUCUUUCACCAUUACACCCCACCGAGGCUCCGCGGGCUUUCCGUCGUCCCUCGGUCUCCGCACCGCGCGGGGGAAGUGGUCGGUGGUGGUCGCGGUCACCGCCGCCGUGAUGGUUCUCCUGACUUUGGCCGUCGCGGUGCCGCUUCUCCUCCUGCGCCCGUCGGAGACCUCCGCCCGCUACUACGAGAUGAUGGGCACCUGUCGGAUGGUGUGCGAUCCGUACACCACCAAACCACCGGGAGCCAACGGGGAGGAGACCCAGACUGUCAACGGCAUCGCGCCGCUGCCACCCAUGGCGCAAGGGAGCCGCGGGGAACCGGGGCGCCCGGGCAAACCGGGAGCCAGGGGCCCGCCGGGCGAGCCGGGACCGCCGGGUCCAAGAGGACCACCGGGGGAGCGCGGCGGUAGCAAGCUCGCAUUCCCGGCUUUAACGCCAACAGACGGCGCAAACUCAACCACCGGAACCAGAGUGGCGUUUUACGUCGGCUUGAAGAACCCACAUGAGGGAUACGAGGUGUUAAAGUUCGACGACGUCAUUACAAACUUGGGGAACCUCUACGAUCCGAGCACCGGGAAGUUCACCUGCCGCGUCUCCGGGAUCUACUUCUUCACUUACCACGUGUUGAUGCGCGGGGGAGACGGGACCAGCAUGUGGGCCGACCUGUGCAAAAAUGGGCAGGUGCGAGCCAGCGCCAUAGCUCAGGACGCAGACCAGAACUACGACUACGCCAGCAACAGCGCCGUGCUGCACUUGGACUCGGGCGACGAGGUGUACGUGAAACUGGACGGCGGCAAAGCUCACGGCGGCAACAACAACAAGUACAGCACCUUCUCCGGCUUCGUCUUGUACCCCGACUAGUCGUCGCCGCACAACUUUGGACUCUUCCCACGCGACUGUUUUGCUUCUAAUGUCUUGUUGUGUCCCUCGAAGCACGAGCUGCUUGCGUUUAAGUCAACUGAUGGACAGCUUCCUCACGAGCCAGGUGAAUACCAUACCGUUGUUAAAGGCUGGGACGGAUUACCGGCGCGUGAUAUUCCCAAUAUCAGUCGGAUAAGCUUAUGAGAUCUGGCUGUUAAGACCUGGUCAUAAGCAGCAGCUUUUCAAAGAACGGAUAUAUCAAGUCUUGAUAUUCUGAUAUGAAGCCAGCCAUAUAAAUAUAAAUUGGUCUAUUUAGCAAAAACCUCCAGAAAUGACAAAUUCUACCAAUCCUUGCAAACUAUACACAUCCUCGCUAUUUCCCCUGCACAUUUCGACCAAUUAUUGUAAUUUUCCCUCAUGAAAUCCAAUACAAUCCAAUCCACUUUAUUUAUAUAGCACAUUUAAACAACACAAAUGUUUCCAAAGUGCUGCACAACGAUAUUCAAAACAAUAUUCAAAUAUUAUACUUAGCUCCACCAAUGACUGAAUAAAAACAAAACAAAUUAAUAAAACCAAUAUAAAAAUAAAUAUGAUUAAAAACGAUUGUAAAGGGUAAAACUAGGGAUGUCCGAUAAUGGCUUUUUGCCGAUAUCCGAUAUUGUCCAACUCUUUAAUUACCGAUACCGAUAUCAACCGAUACCGAUAUCAACCGAUACAUACAGUCGUGGAAUAAACACAUUAUUAUGCCUAAUUUGGACAACCAGGUAUGGUGAAGAUAAGGUACUUUUGAAAAAAAAUUAAUAAAAUAAAAUAAGAUAAAUAAAUUAAAAACAUUUUCUUGAAUAAAAAAGAAUGUAAAACAAUAUAAAAACAGUUACAUACAAACUAGUAAUUGAUGAAAAUUAGUAAAAUUAACUGCUAAAGACUAGUACUAUUAGUGGACCAGCAGCACGCACAAUCAUGUGUGCUUACGGUCUGUAUCCCUUGCAGACUGUAUUGAUAUAUAUUGAUAUAUAAUGUAGGAAUCAGAAUAUUAAUAACAGAAAGAAACAACCCUUUUGUGUGAAUGAGUGUGAAUGGGGGAGGGAGGUUUUUUGGGUUGGUGCACUAAUUGUAAGUGUAUCUUGUGUUUUUUAUGUUGAUUUAAUUUAAAAAAAACCAAAAAAAAAACGAUACCGAUAAUAAAAAAAAAAAGGUACAGAUAAUUACCGAUAUUACAUUUUAACGCAUUUAUCGGUCGAUAAUAUCGGCAGGUCGAUAUUAUCGGACAUAUCCAGGUAAAACCAAUUAAAACAAUAAAUAGAAAUCACAAUUUAAAAACACAGAAGACCACAAAAGUCACGUAGUGUUAAAAGCCAGAGAAUAAAAGUGGGUCUUAAAGGGGAACAUUAUCACCAGACCUAAGUAAGCGUCAAUAUAUACCUUGAUGUUGCAGAAAAAAGACCAUAUAUUUUUUUAACCGAUUUCCGAACUCUAAAUGGGUGAAUUUUGGCGAAUUAAACGCCUUUCUAAUAUUCGCUCUCGUGGCGUCACAUCGGGAAGCAUCCGCCAUUUUCUCAAACACCGAGUCAAAUCAGCUCUGUUAUUUUCCGUUUUUUCGACUGUUUUUCGUACCUUGGAGACAUCAUGCCUCGUCGGUGUGUUGUCGGAGGGUGUAACAACACGAACAGGGACGGAUUCAAGUUGCACCAGUGGCCCAAAGAUGCGAAAGUGGCAAGAAAUUGGACGUUUGUUCCGCACACUUUACCGACGAAAGCUAUGCUACGACAGAGAUGGCAAGAAUGUGUGGAUAUCCUGCGACACUCAAAGCAGAUGCAUUUCCAAUGAUAAAGUCAAAGAAAUCUGCCGCCAGACCCCCAUUGAAUCUGCCGGAGUGUGUGAGCAAUUCAGGGACAAAGAACCUCGGUAGCACGGCAAGCAAUGGCGGCAGUUUGUUCCCGCAGACGAGCGAGCUAAACCUCCUAUCGACCCUAGCUUCCCUGGCCUGCUGACAUCAACUCCAAAACUGGACAGAUCAGCUUUCAGGAAAAGA